GCACUCGGAUAGACAGCGGCGCAGCAGACAGUUAUUAUAAUAUUAGGAGCUAGUGCGGUAUACACGCGAGACGAGCGCACACACGCGUCACACACACACUCACACCGUCCGGAUCUCCGGCGGAGGCGUUCAGUUAAUCGCGGUUACCUAUAUAGUUACAAUAUAAUAUAAUAUUACAUUAUAUUAUUAUGACAUCGUCGGUAUAAUAUUAUUGUUAUAACAGUAUCAUACCUGCGCGAUAACGCGCGCAGGACGUCCGCGACCCGCGGCGAAGACGACGGAAGAAUAAAAAUUUCAAAUUUUUGUAAAAAGUUUCGUGGCCUGCAGUCGUACCUAAGUAUCCUAAGACCGCCGCGCCGGCUCCUGUCAUCGUCUGUGUGUAUAUAUUACACUGCAUGACGUACGGUGUGCGGAAACUACACGCGUGGUAAGCUCAAAAACGCCGCCUCGAACUCCGCGCGCUACUUGCCGCCACUGUUUUCAGCGUUUUAUCGUCGGAAAUAUAACGGGAUUCGAUCACACGGUGAGGAAUCGGUCGUAUGCCAGCAAUACGCGGCGCGGUGAUCAUCCGGCAGUCAUGUCACCGCACUUCAAUCACCGACAGCCGCCACAGUUCUACGCCUCCCACAACGACGACGGUGACGACGACUUCAGUUGUUACUACCACUCCGGUGUCCCAAGCGUCGCUGCCCCAACAACGAUCGCCGGUCAACAGUAUUUCAGCGCUAUCCCGAUAACUUCCGGUUCACCGCGCCGAUGACGGCGUUAUCAUGACCGACCGCCGGUACAGCGGCAGCUGCGGAAGCAGCAGCAGCAGCAUCAGCAAUAACAGCAAUAACAGCAAUAACGGCUACAGGUGUGGGAUCAAAACUCAAUUGCAUGCACCGUCGUCGGGUCGAUGUAACUACCACAACAACAACAGCUGCAAAACCGGUGUCGCCCGACCGACGACGGCCGCCAUGCACGUAAAGAAGACGUGGAAGUCCGCCGCGGUGAUGUUUCUGGCCGUGGCCGCCGUCACCACGGUCACCGCGGCGUUUUACUUCAAUUACGCGGCGACAGCGUGUUGCGCGGUCGUGCCGCUGUCGUCAACGUCACUGCUCCAGGAAUCGUCCAACACCGUGGCUGUGGACAACGAGCCAUACCGGUCCAAGUUGGUUGGCUCUUCGGCGACACGCCCGUCCAAGCUGUACACCGUGUGCGAAACCCGUGAUCACCUACGCAGCCCCGCCGACCGGGGUAAAUUUAGCCGCCAUCGUCGACAAACAGUCGACAGCACAAGCAGCACCGUCGAUAAAAACCUUGGAAAUAAAGACAGUUACAAUGGGGAGAGUGAAACAGCCCGUAACAGUGACAGAGGGAACGAUACUACUCUCAUAUAUUUCAUUACGCCUACAUAUCCACGGCGAGAGCAAAUUGCCGAGCUCACCAGAUUGGGUCAGACACUAAUGCAUGUCUCCCGACUUUAUUGGAUAGUAGCUGACGACCGACCCGACUGCAGUCUACAAAUAAUGAACUUACUGCCAGAUUUCAGCAUUCCUUACACGUAUAUUGCCAGCCCUAUGCCAUCGAUAUAUAAACACAACCCCGACGCCAUGCCCCGUGGUGUUUCCAACCGUAGAGCUGCUCUCAACUGGAUAAGACUGAACCACAACAUUAAUGACUCGAAUGCUGUAAUUUAUUUUGGCGACGAUGACAACACGUUCCAUCUGGACCUUUUCAAGGAAAUACGUACCACAAAAAAAAUAUCAAUGUUCCCGGUUGGCUUGGUUGGAGAGUAUGGUGUUAGUUCACCAAUUAUUGAUAAAGGAAAAGUAGUUGGCUUUUUUGAUAGUUGGCCAGCAAAAAGAAAAUUUCCAGUGGACAUGGCUGGAUUUGCUAUUAAUGUUCAACUUUUAUUCAAAUAUCCUUAUGCUACUAUGCCAUAUAAGGCGGGUUUUGAAGAAGACCGCUUCUUAUCAGCUCUGGCUAUUCGAUUAGAUGAAAUUGAGCCAAAAGCAGAAAAUUGUACCAGGAUAUUAGUUUGGCACACUCAGACAGCGAAGAAACCUAAGCCAAUAGUGAUGGUCAAAUCCAAAGCAACAUUGCCUGGUUCACUUGCUACUCUACUCGAUCAAGUGACUAUGUUAGGUAUAGGCGGAGUGAGCGAAACCACAGGUGUUCGCAGUUAUAUGACAAAAAAUGGUAAUAUUUUUAGGGUAUAACCUAAUAUAACCUCAUUUUUUUUAAAAAAUAUUUAUGUAAAAUGUUAAAUUAGAUAAAGUGUAGUAUAAUUUUUAGUGCAGAAUAUUAUAAGAUUUUAUUUUAUUUCUUUUAAUUUGUAUUGUUACAUAUAAUAUUUUUGUUUUCAUUUAUAUAUUUUGUUGUUGUUGAAGUCAUUAUAUAAUAAUAUUGUUCA